UGUUUAACGUCUUCUGGCCGCCUAAACCAAAACAAACUCUUAAGCAAAACAUACUGUGUAAAAUUAUCAACUAAUUAAGGGAAACGUGGUUAAUAAUAGUUGUCGGUGACUGAGGGAUUGCAUAACCGUCAAACUUUGUUGUCGCCGUCGCCUUAUUAUUGAGUGAGGCUCUCUCAUAUGAGCCGGGUGACGUAAAUAAUUACAUUAUAUUCCUUAUAUACUUUUACUGAUUCACUAAAUUGCGCUGAUUCAAUUGUACAAAACUCACUCAAAACUAGUAAGUUAAGUACACCGACCGACGCUCCCGUCGUCUCACCUUUCUCUCUCCGUCCAACUUGGAAAUUUGAUCCAGACAGAAAAUUGAGUUUGGAGGAAACUGAAAAAAAUGAGUGGGAUGACUGCUGCCACGCUGAACAAGUUAAGAAUCAUCGCCACCGACGUCUGCACCACGCGUGGGAAAUGGUCACCUUUUCGUGGCAUGAAAUACUACAGUACGUCGUCUCACCUGCUCGAUAUUUCCGGUGUGUAUCCACCCAUCCCGACUCCUUUUGAUGCGAAAGGAGACGUAAACUAUGUCCAGCUCGAGAGAAAUUUUACCCACUGGAACAAAAUACCUUUUGCAGGUUACGUCGUAAUGGGAUCAAACGGCGAAGCAAUUGCUCUCGAGCGGAAGGAAAAGCUCGAACUGCUGAGAAACGUUCGUAAAAUGGCUCUUCCGAAAUCCAAACUGAUCGCUGGAUUAGGAAUGAACACGGCUGCCCAAACGAUUGAAUUAUGUAACGCAGCAGCGGACGAAGGAAGUGCGGAUGCCGGGCUGAUAAUAACUCCGGCCUUCUUCAAGGGCCAAAUGACGAGCCUCAGUCUGCGGAAGUACUUUGAGGAGGUGGCCGAUAAGUCGAAGCUGCCCAUCAUCCUCUACUCAGUCCCAGGAAAUACGGCCAUCGACUUGGGUGCCGAGGUGCCCUCUGCCUUGGCCAAACAUCCCAACUGCAUUGGGAUGAAGGACAGCGGCGGUGAUAUUACGAAAAUUGCCCAAAUCGUCCAUGAAACAAGGGACGCGGAUUUCCAAGUGCUCGCCGGCUCGGCAGGCUUUCUUCUCCCGGCUCUUCUCAUGGGCUGCGUCGGAGGGAUCUGCGCUCUCGCAAAUGUCCUGGGUUCUCAAGUGUGCGAACUUUACAGCCUUUUUCGCCAAGGAAAACUACCUGACGCUGUUUCACUCCAAGGGAAGCUCAUCGUUCCUAAUCUGCUGGUGACGAAAAUAAUGGGCCUGCCGGGGUUGAAGGCUUCCAUGGAUGCUACAGGUCAACUGUACGGAGGACCUUGUCGGUCCCCUCUGCUCCCCUUGGAAGCCAAACUAGUGGAACAAUUGCUCGAAAGAUUCAACCAGAACGGAUUUCCCCUGAAGUGAAAAUUCUCAUUUAAAUAGCGGAAUGUAUGUAAGACUUUUAAAUCUUGCCGCCCAUAUUAUGUUAUUACAGCCAUGUUAAACAAUGCCACAACGAUAUUUCUUGCAAUAAACCAUUGUUCCCGGAAGACAUCAA